AUGGGGAUAAAGACGGCAUUACCGCACUAUGAGCUCGGCUUCUACGCCCUCGUCCUGACCUGCACCCUCGUCUAUUCCUUGAAUGGGAUAUUCGAAGCAUCUCGAGAUAACAUGAACCGCAAGUCGUUUAGGGAAAAUGUGAAGACCGGCUGGUAUUACUUUGGCAGGAAAAUGGAUGCAGCAGACUUCGAGUGGGAUGAGUGGUUCACAACGUUCAGGAAUUACAUCAUAUUCGCUCUCUCGGGUCACGUGAUCUUCGCCAAAAUCUUCUCACUUCUCAUCCCACAGCGCAGGUCCUGGGUCUACAUGCUGUACGGGAUCCUGACCGUGCUCGCCAUCAUGGGUACUAAUUAUCUGAUGCUCAUCCUGUCCCACUGCCUCCUCCUCUAUACCGUCUCCUUGGUAAAAAACAAAUGGGUGGUCUUCACCGCUGGCCUGUGCAGCCUUGCGACCUUCAAGAUAGAUCCGUUCAACUCCUGGCAAAGUGGUUUUAUUCCGGGAUCGUUCAGUCUACAAGACAUCCUCUUCUAUGGCGGUGCUGGAUUUAGCAUCUUGCGUUGUAUGAGCUUUGCGCUAGAGACGUGUGAAAGAAAAGAAGGAUUCUACUCCCCAAUCGACCUUCUCAAGUACAACUUCUACCUCCCAUUCUUCUUCUUUGGGCCAAUUAUGACCUUUGACCAGUUCUACCAGCAGGUGAAUUCCCGGUCGCUGACCCGCAAAGAGAACGAGAUGUGGAACAUUCGUGUCCAGGCCUUGGUCCACGUGCUGGUCAUACUUCUGGUGGACGUUUUCUUCCACUUCCUGUACAUUCUCAGCAUGCCCUCCGACCUGAAGUUUGUGAAGAAGUUGUCAGAUUGGUCUCUGGCGGGUUUGGCGUACUCCAACCUGGUAUAUGACUGGGUGAAAGCAGCUGUGAUGUUCGGGGUGAUAAAUACCAUCUCCAGACUGGACCACUUGGACCCACCGCAGCCCCCCAAAUGUAUCACCAUGCUUUACGUCUUUGCUGAAACGCACUUCGACCGAGGAAUUAAUGACUGGCUGUGCAAGUACGUUUAUGAUUUCCUCGGUGAGGGCCACAACAACAUCAAGAAGGAGCUGGUGGCCACUGUGUCUACGUUCCUGGUGACCACGCUGUGGCUGGGCCCCUGUGACAUUGUCUACAUCUGGUCCAUAUGCAACUGCUUCGGCCUCAACUUUGAACUCUGGGUGCAGAAGUUUUUCGAACUGCCGCUAUUCGCCAAACUGGAGGCCUCCUUACCUGAGUCCAUGUCCCGGAGAAUCCGGGGGAUAUUCGGCGCUGCCAAUUUCUGGGCCAUCAUUCUGUACAAUAUUUUAGCCCUGAACAGCCUGGAAUUUGCUAUACUGGUCGCCAAGAGGAUCCUCAUCACAGGUUUCCCGAUGAGCACGUUGUCCAUCUGGUUUGUGACCUAUUGUGGAGUUCAGCUGAUCAAGGAGCGAGAGCGAGUUCUGACCAUAGAUGCGGAGAGGAGUGAGAAACAGAAAGCUGCCUAA